CUUUAUGUUGGCUGUCCUACAUGCCAAACCUAUAUUUUGACAACCGGGCAUUGUGACGUGUAAAAAAUUAAUUUCUCUAAUUUUUCAAAAUAUAUCCCAUUAAAAUGAGCUCUUUUAAAAGAGACAAAAAGGAAGAAGAAGAUGGAGGUAUUAAUCUUUUCCAAAACAUUGAGAAAACAACCGUUUUGCAAGAAGCUCGGGUUUUUAAUGAAACAAGUGUAAAUCCAAGAAAAUGUACCCCUAUUCUUACAAAACUACUUUAUCUUUUGAACCAGGGUGAAAGCCUCAGUGUCAAAGAAGCUACAGAUGUUUUCUUUGCAAUGACCAAAUUAUUCCAAUCGAAAGACGUAAUUUUACGAAGAAUGGUCUAUUUGGGAAUAAAAGAAUUGAGUUCUACUGCCGAUGAUGUGAUUAUAGUCACUUCUAGUCUUACCAAGGAUAUGACUGGAAAAGAAGAUAUCUACCGAGCAGCCGCAAUUAGGGCUCUUUGCAGUAUCACUGAUGCUACAAUGUUACAAGCAAUAGAACGAUAUAUGAAGCAAGCUAUAGUAGAUAGGAACUCGGCUGUUAGUUCUGCUGCUCUUGUCAGUUCCUUGCACAUGACUAGAAUGGCCCCAGAAGUAGUUAAAAGAUGGGUUAAUGAGGCACAAGAAGCAAUUAACAGUGACAAUGUGAUGGUACAAUAUCAUGCAUUAGGACUACUUUAUCAUAUUAGAAAGACAGAUCGGUUGGCUGUAACAAAAUUAAUAGCCAGAUUGACUAGAAUGUCUUUGAAAUCUCCAUAUGCUGCUUGUAUGUUGAUCAGAAUAACAGCCAAACUUCUUGAAGAAGAAGAUUCUGGAAAUGACACUCCCUAUUUUGAAUUCAUAGAAUCCUGUCUAAGGCACAAGUCUGAAAUGGUAGUCUACGAAGCAGCCCAUGCAAUUGUCAAUCUCAAACGUACCACUAGCAGAGAAUUAGCUCCAGCUGUAAGUGUUCUGCAACUAUUCUGUGGUUCUCCAAAACCAACACUAAGAUUUGCUGCAGUCAGAACAUUAAAUCAAGUAGCUAUUUCUCACCCUGCAGCUGUUACAGCUUGCAAUCUAGAUUUAGAAAACUUGAUUACUGAUUCUAACAGAUCAAUUGCUACUUUGGCUAUAACUACUCUGUUAAAAACUGGUGCUGAAUCAUCUGUAGACCGUCUCAUGAAACAAAUUGCAAGUUUCGUUUCUGAAAUCAGUGAUGAAUUCAAAGUUGUAGUUGUCCAAGCCAUCAAGGCACUAGCUCUCAAGUUUCCUCGCAAACAUAGCACACUAAUGAAUUUCCUGUCAGCCAUGUUAAGAGAUGAAGGAGGUCUGGAAUAUAAAGCAUCUAUUGCUGAUACUAUCAUAACUAUUAUUGAAGACAAUCCAGAAGCUAAAGAGUCAGGUUUGGCACAUUUGUGUGAAUUUAUUGAAGAUUGUGAACAUGUUUCUUUAGCUGUAAGAAUUUUGCAUUUGUUGGGAAGAGAGGGUCCAAAGACAAAGCAACCUUCAAGAUACAUCCGUUUCAUCUACAAUCGAGUUAUUUUGGAAUGUCCAUCUAUAAGAGCCGCGGCAGUGUCCGCAAUGGCGCAAUUCGGCGCUUCCUGUCCAGAUUUGUUAGAAAACAUUCAAGUUUUACUUGCAAGAUGUCAAAUGGAUUCGGAUGAUGAAGUUAGAGACAGAGCCACUUAUUACAGCAACAUUCUGAGUAGAAGCGACAAGAACCUGUACAAUAAUUACAUCAUCGAUACUUUACAAGUAUCCAUUCCAUCUUUGGAACGCUCACUCAAAGAAUACACUCAAAACCAAACAAUCCAACCUUUUGACAUAAAAUCCGUUCCACUAGCAGCCGUUCCAACCUCGGAAGAACGUGAGAAGAAGCACAAAACCGAAGGUAUGCUCAUAUCUCAAGGCCCAGUCCGCCCGCCGCCGGUUUCCAGAGAAGAGAACUUCGCCGAAAAACUGGCUGCCAUCCCAGGCAUCCAACAACUUGGACCUCUUUUCAGAAGCUCAGAAGUCGUUGAACUUACUGAAUCUGAAACUGAGUAUUUUGUACGUUGUAUCAAACACUGUUUUGCUCACCAUAUCGUUUUACAAUUCGAUUGUUUGAACACUCUUGCUGAUCAACUCUUGGAAAAUGUUAGGGUCGAUUUGGACCCUAAUGAAAACUUUGAAAUUUUGGCUGAAAUACCCUGCGAACAGUUGCAUUACAACCAAACGGGGACGACAUAUGUGAUACUGAAAUUCCCUGAUGAUGAUCUAACAAGUUGUGUGGGAACCUUUGGAGCUGUUCUUAAAUUUGUUGUCAAGGAUUGUGAUCCUACCACUGGAAUACCAGACUGUGAAGAUGGUUACGAAGAAGAGUACAUGCUUGAAGAUCUUGAAGUAACUCUUGGGGAUCAAAUCCAAAGGGUAGGCAAAGUCAAUUGGGCUGCGGCCUGGGACAAGGCAGCAGAAGGCUCAGUAGAAAAAGAAGAUACCUAUUCUCUCAGUUCAAUGAACACUUUAGAUGAGGCUGUAAAGAAUAUUAUACAAUUUCUUGGGUUGGCAGCUGCUGAACGAACUGAUCAGGUUCCCGAAGGAAAAAGUACUCAUACAUUGUUACUUUCAGGUGUAUUCAGAGGAGGUAUCGAAAUUUUGGUUAGAGCAAAACUUGCAUUAGCAGAUGGCGUUACCAUGCAAUUAACUGUGAGGUCACCUGACGAUAGUGUAGCAGAACUCAUUACUUCUUCUGUUGGUUAAGUUUAAAAAAUAUUUAUGUAAUUUAAUCGUUUAUAAUUUUAAUUACAAUUUUUUUUGAAAAUGUAUUAUAUUGAAUAUAGUCUUAUAUAAGAUUUUUUUGUUGAAACUGAUUUAUUACACUAUCGUUCCAAAUGUUUCCUUUUCUUGAUUACUUGAGUAGCAAUUUUGAUACUCAGACAAAAAUUAAAUACUGAAAAUCCCAUCAAUAUCAUUGAUAUACAGUAAUUACAACAGAGGUCCCAAAUAAGAACAUUGAGGGAACAUCUAAAUGUACUUUAAUUUUUAAUUUGAAUGUUUUAAUAUUCGCCUCGGAAAAUCCUAAGAGAUUGCAAAUAAAAUUCAUAUGGCACCUCUGCCCACUAACGUCCUUUCAAUCUGCUGUUGCAAUUAUUGCAGAAAAUAGUGACAGGC